UAGCUUUUUGUUAGCUACAAUACUCAGAAAACAUCUGUUAGCUAGCAGUAGCCAUUUGUGAAAUUGAUCUCUUUGGACACACCCUUUAAUUAUUCCUGUGGAUGUAAUGCGCAUGCGCGCUCAUUCCCCACGUGUGAUAUCCAAGAUCCAGAUCCAGAUUCUCCUGGCAGAAUCAUCUUUGUCUUGAGGGCCUGGUCUUUUCUUCUUAGAUAUUAUAUACACUGAACUACAGAUCCUGAAAGAAUCAAUUUUCUUCUUUCUUGAGGUCCUGAUAUAUGGACUCUUCACCAGCUGUGGAAAAGUCACCGUUUGACAAGAAAGAGUAUAAAGCAAUUACUUUGGAUAAUGGCAUACGUGCUCUACUGAUAAUGGACAACAGGACCAGCUCUCGUGGUCCCAAACAGAAGAAGUCAGAGGUUCAUGACUCUGACGCUGAACCAGAGGAAGACUUUAGGGACGAGGACGAUAGUGACGAGGAGAGUGAGGGUGGUGAUCAGGGGAAGUCCCUACGAGUUAGGUCGGCUUGUGGAGUAUGCAUCAGGACUGGUAGCUACUGUGACCCUACCCAAGUGCAAGGCCUUGCUCAUCUCCUGGAACACAUGGUGUUCAUGGGCAGUGAGAAGUACCCCGAGGAGAACGCUUUUGAUGCCUUCACCAGCGAGCACGGUGGAGAUAGCAAUGCCUCAACUGACUAUGAAAGAACAGUAUUCCAGUUCUCGGUUCACCCUCAGUACUUCCAGAAGGGCUUGGACAUGUUUGCCGAUUUCUUUGCGUCCCCCAGUCUACUCAAGCAAAGUCUGGACAGAGAGAUAGAGAUAGUGGACAAUGAGUUCCAGAGAGCUGUACAGAACGACGGUGAUCGCUUGAAGCGCCUCAUACAUGUAGCCAGUGUUGCUCGACCCGGACAUUCGUUCACUAACUUUGUGUGGGGCAACAGAGACUCCCUCAAGGAGCAGCCUCAUAGAUCUGCACAAGGAUCUCAACACCUACUAUACUCUUCUCAUUACAUGACAGUGGUCGUCAUGUCUUGUUAUCCUCUGAAAAAUCUGGAGCAAUGGACUAGAAAGUCAUUCUCAGCCGUCCCUCACAAUGGACUGGAAGUACCUCUGAUGUCGGACAAUAAGGAUGUGUUUGAUGAGGCCACGUUUGCUCGUCUCUAUAAGGUGAUCCCGGUGGAGGAUACUCACGAACUCAGGCUCACUUGGAAACUACCACCAUUGAUGGAGCACUACAGGAGCAAGCCAGUGGAAUAUUUGUCCUGGUUGCUAGGACACGAAGGAGAGGGAAGUGUGUAUGCUGAGCUCAAGAAAAGGAACCUGGCCACUGCCCUAGUGGCUGGUAACAGUGGCUCAGGAUACGAGUGGAACACUGCCUUCAGUCUAUUCACCUGUGACAUCACCCUCACUGAUCAAGGAUUGGAAUCUAUCUUGCUGUGUAUCACGCUGGUGUUCCAGUACAUAAAGAUGCUCACGGAAGUUGGCCCACAAGAAAGGGUGUUUCGUGAGAUUCAGGGGAUUUCCAAGAAUGAAUUUGACUUCAGAGAGGAGCAGGAGCCCAUCGACUUUGUGGAGGCUCUCUGUGAGAGCAUGGAGUUGUAUCCAGUGGAGCACUACCUGACUGGUGACUACCUGCUCUAUGAGUACGAGCCAGCCACCAUCACCACCGUUUUAUCCCACUUCACACCUGACAGAGUCAACAUCAUCACACUGUCUCCCACCUACACUGCUCAGUGUCGGCUUAAGGAGAGGUGGUUCGGGACACGUCACUGUGUCGAAGAUAUUCCUGCUGACUGGAAGACAAAAUGGCAAAAUCUAGAGCUCCAUCCAGACCUGCACCUGCCUAGUCCUAACUUGUUCAUUGCCACUGACUUCUCAACCGGAGACCCUGGCUCCCCACCCACGAAGUAUCCUGUGGUGAUCAAAGAGUGCCCCAAGUACAAACUCUGGUACAAGAAAGGUGUUGAGGAUUGCCCUUUAGCCUGGGUAUGCCUGAUCUUCAAGACUCCUCUCUCUAUUCAGAGUGAAAAUUCCAACCUGAUGCAUAUCUUCCUCAACAUCUAUGGUCGCAACAUGACAGCAGUGGCGUACAAUGCCUCAGUGGCCCAGUUGGAGCACUCCCUGGAGAUCUUCAACUCUGGAGUGGCUCUCACAAUCAACGGAUUCAACCACAAGAUGGGUCUGCUGUUUCAAGAGCUGGUCAAAUAUCUGGCUGACUUUGCGACUGAUGAGGAAACCUUUAAGACAGCCAAGGAGCAAAGAAGGAAGAGCCUGAAAAACCAGCUACUCAAACCAAAGAAACUCUGCAAGAUAAAUCGCCUGAAGGUGUUGGAGUACUGCCACUGGACAACACAGGAGAAGCUCAAUGCAUUAGACCACCUCACACUAGCAGCACUCAUGGAGUUUGUGGAUCAGUUUAAGCGCCAACUUUUUGUGGAGGCUCUUGUUCAGGGGAACAUCACCCCCAAGGAGGCGUUGUCGAUGAUGACCUUCUUGACUGAGCACAUAGACUAUGAUCCACUACCCAGUGAUGUGCAGGCAAAGAUCAAACCUCGUACAAUGCAGUUACCAUCUAAUACCAACGUCUGUUAUCGCCUUGACAACAAGAACACCAAUUCAACUUGCACUGUCCUCACUGACUACUACCAGUGCUGCCAAAGAACCACGAGAGAUGCAGCCAUCUUAGAGCUCUUGUCUGAAUGUAUGAAUGAGCCUUGCUUCAACGAGCUGAGAACCAAGCAACAGUUAGGAUACGAGGUGAGGAUUGAGGAGCACAACACACACGGAGUGUUAGGACUCUCACUCACACUCGUCACUCACGCCACCAAGUUCAGUGAUGACUAUGCGAGUGGGUGUAUGGACAAGUUUGUACACGACUUCCACAGUGAGCUCACCGCCUGGACACCCAAGCAGUUCCAAGACCAGGUGGACUCUCUGAUCCAGGAGAAGCGAGAGCCUGAUAUCUCACUAGAGGAUGAGGUGCUGAGGAACUGGACAGAGGUGCUCCUCUGUGACUAUGACUACGAUAUCCUGGAGCGUCUGGCGACUGAGCUGGAGAGUGUGAGUCAGAAAGAGGUGCUCGACUGGCUGCACAGGUACACUCACCCGGGGAGACACUACAGGAAGCUCAGUGUCAAGGUGGUGUCUGGUUGCAAGCGUUCCCAAGUCUCCAGAGCCAACUCAAGCGAAGAGGAGGUCACGAGAUCGAAAGCAUCGACCCCAACAGCCAUGCUCCCUAAUAUUUGCCUCCAAUGCAGUACGGAAUAUUUAAACCUUGCAUCUGGCGAAUCAUCCGUUGACCCUCCAACCUCUGAGGGCAUUCGGGCGGCCCUUGUGAGAGUGUGUGAGGAUGCACCCUGUGAUGGGUGUGAGGGUGUGGAGAGCUUUAAGGCCGGUCUGUUUGUACAUCCAUCACAGUCUCAUGAUCAACUGACUAUAUAGCUAGCUCUUCUAGCUGACUAGCUCUUUAAUUUUGCAAAUUAAUUAAGAAAUUAACAUAUCCAAUAAUAAUCAUGUUCAUAAAAUUUUGUGCAGAAUAAGUUGACCCAAAAAUCGAUGGUUGGAUAUUAAUAAAUUA